AUGUUAGGAGUAUCCAGUUUCACACAAGUAAAGGAAGGGAUCCGAAGCUCCGACUUGCGUGAGCGAUCAAAAAUCAAAGAAGCCGUUCUGUACGCCAAACAGUUGAAGAUAAGCUGGGUCGGACACGUAAUGCGUAUGAGUGACAGCCGAUGGGCAAGAGCCGUUAGUGAGUGGAUUCCUUGCGGUGUCAAACGUACUGCAGGAUGGACACCGACUCGAUGGUCAGAGUUCUUCACAAACGGCUUGGAAGAAAGAUAUGAUGCUCCUUGGAGUGAGGAAAAUCCACUGGGAUACUUGUGUACACGACAGGGAAAAAUGGAAGAUUUACUGGCGCGCGCUCGAGUCACUCGAUGA